AUAAUCAUCCACCACCUUCACAACUUUCUCUCUCCCUCUCUCUAAAUUCAUUUCCUUGGAGAGGGACUGGAUACUCUUCGCUUUUUCUUUCUCUUCAAAAAUAAAUUUUAUUGUUUUUGACUUCUUUUUCACAAAAGAAAGGUGUAGAAAUCACAUAAUAUAACACUUUUUCUCCUCGCAAUACCAAAGUAGUCCCAACAAUUUCAACUAUCUUACUCAAUUUUGAGAAAGAUUUAAGGGAUUUCUGUGUAUACCAUUUCAAGCUUUUAAUGAAAUCCCCUUUGUAAACACAAUAAUAUCACUCUCUCUUUUAUCUUUAACUACCAACUGCUCAUUUCCCCCCUUUCCAAAACUAGAUAUCAAACAGUUCCCAUUAUUUCCAUUUAUAGAAAGUAUAUUAUUGGUUCUGAUCUUGUUCAGUGUAUCUAGGGCUUUCAUGUUCUUGAAUUUUUAUGAUCAGUCUAUUUUUAGAGAAAUAUUUUGGCUAAAAAGGUAAAAAAAUCUUUUUAAGAUUCUUUUGUUUGUUUGGUGGUUGUCCUUGGCAACCAGAAAUAAAAAGCUAUUCUUAUUCCUUAUAAAUUUCUUCAAAAGCAAAAAUGAUAUAACACUCAUAAUUCAGCUAUAAAACCAUCUUACAUUUGCUCCCCUGGUUUUUACCCUGCUCCAAAUAUCAUCUUAUUUUUCACUCCAUCCCUUAUAGAUUUGAUACUAAUUUCUGGGUAUCGUUUAGAAUCAAAUUUCAUGAAAUGGGUCUAUCAAAGUUUGUGUUUUUUUCAUUGCUAUAACCUAUAAAACAAUCUUUACAUUUUGAUCCCCUGUUUUUCCCCUGUUUCAAGAUUCAUUUUUUAUCAAACUAAACUCUAAAAGAUUUGAUUUUGAUUCAAGGGUAUUGUUUGAAUCACAUAUUAAUGAAGUGGGAAAGAGAUAUUGUAUCAAAUUCAUCAAGUUGGAUGAUGGAAGAUAGCUUAAAGAGCACAAUUUGGACUCCUGUUGAGAACAAAUUGUUUGAAAAUGCUCUUGCGAAAUUCGAUAAGGAUACGCCUGAUCGGUGGCAUAGGGUGGCUGAUAUGGUGCCUGGGAAGACAGUGGCAGAUGUGAUUAAGCAAUAUAAAGAAUUAGAAGAUGAUGUUAGUAGUAUUGAAGCAGGGUUUUAUCCAAGGUAUAGAUAUGAAAACAAUAAUUGUCCUUUUACUUUAGAAUGGGGGACUAAUAAUAAUCAUAAUCAAGGGUUUGAUAGUUGUAUAUCUCCGCCUUACUGUGGCGGUGGGAAGCGAUCUCCGGUGGCUGUUUGCCGCCCGGUUGAACAAGAAAGGAAAAAAGGUGUUCCUUGGACUGAAGAGGAGCAUAAACUGUUUCUUUUGGGGCUAAAGAAGUAUGGAAAAGGAGAUUGGAGAAAUAUAUCAAGAAAUUAUGUUGUUACAAGGACACCAACACAAGUUGCUAGUCAUGCUCAGAAGUAUUUCAUUAGGCAGCUUUCGGGUGGGAAAGAUAAGAGAAGAGCAAGUAUUCACGAUAUAACGACGGUCAACGUUAAUGAGAAUCAAAACCCUUUGCCGAAAAUUAAAAGAACAGCUUCACCAGAGCAAUGUAGAUUUCAGUGGAAUCAACCGAAUAGUGGCAGUGGUGGCGGUGUAGCGACUGCAUUUAAUCAAACUAGUGGUAAUCUCUUUAUGCCGCCUCAAUAUGGAGGUAAUGUGGGCUUAAGAACGGGCGGUUUACAUGAAUUCUACGGUGCACCUCAAAGUAUGGGUUUUCAGAUACAACCAGCAAUGCAUUAUCCUCGUGGAUGAGCGAAUGCUAUGUGAUAUUUUGAAAAAUGAUUGUUUUCUUUUUGCUUUGAUUUAAGUAGAUUUCUUAGAUGUUUUUAACCAUUUUGUUUUUUGGUAUCUCUGUUGUGGUGUUAUCUAUAAUGUGAAUAUUAUAGUUGUUUAGCA